AUGGAUGCAAUUGUUGCGAGAAUCGAGGGCGGCAAGGCUUCUCUUCUGUUCAAGGAGUACAAAGAGGAGGGAUAUGUGUUGCAGCUUGCUUUCUCUGUUCCGGACCAGUAUCCUCUACAGCCACCUCAAGUCCGAUUUUUGACUAAAAUAUUUCACCUAAAGGUUCACUUUAAGUUUGGAAUAACCAUUCUUAAGAGGUGUAGUUAUGGGUACAACUUUGAUGGUGGGGUGAAGAUUGAUGGUGGGGUGAAGAGGAGGUGCAGAUGGGUAGCAGUAGUGACAGGACUGGUGUUGGAGGAUGGGGGAAUGGCUAUGACGAUAUUGGCAACAGCAGAGAUGAUGAAAGUUACAUAG